CAGACCACUGCAUACUGCUCCAUACCACACACCAUGGACGUCUCGCAGCAGUUGGCAGACUUUGAGGCGGCCCGCAGCACCGAUGUGCUGACGCGCGCGACGCCGAUCGACCUGGAUGUCGGCCUGCUCGCGGCAUACGACACGACGCCGGUGGAUGCCGAGGAGUACUCGUCGAACCGCGAGGCGCACCUCCUUGCGCUGACGCUUACGUCGACGCAGGCGCUUCUCGGUGGUCUGUUCACCCUCCAGACCCAGAGCACGGAGCAGGGCCCAGUCGUCAAGCUCCCCGAGCCCGAGUUCAAGCUGCCCCGCGAGAAGCCGCUGCCCAAGCCCAAGCCGCUGACCAAGUGGGAGCGCUUCGCCAAGGCCAAGGGCAUCAGCCACAGCAAGAAGGACAAGAAGGUGUGGGACGAGGAGAAGCAGGAGUGGGUGAACCGCUGGGGCCGGGACGGCAAGAACCGCGAGGCCGAGGAGCAGUGGCUGCACGAGUACAAGUCGAACGCGGACACGACGGUGGACCCGCGACACCAGGCGCGCGCGGAGCGCAAGCAACGCGUCGCCAAGAACGAGCGGCAGCGCGCGGCCAACGUCGCCAUCGCGCUCGCCAACCCCACGUCUACACUGGGGCGGGAGACUGCCGCGCCGGUCACGAGCAGCAAGGAGGGCCGGGCGAGCGCGCGGGCCGUGCGCAAGGCCGAGCUCGAGCGGAGCAUGCUGGUGUCCAAGACGGCGACGGCGUCGCUUGGGCGCUUUGACAACAAGAUCGAGGGCGAGCCGCGCGCCAAGGGCAUCAAGCGCAAGUUCGAGGCGACGGUCGGCGACUUCAAGAGCGAGAAGGAGGCCGCGAUGAGCAUCCUCACCAAGGUUGGGACGGCGGAGCGGAAGAAGGGGCCGAAGAAGGGCGGAGAGGGCGAGGACGGCGGCCUCAACCAGCGCAAGGCUGUGCGCUUCGAGGAGCGCAAGCAGCAGCUUGCGAACAAGCGCUCCAAGGGGCGCAAGUGAGCGUGUGCGCGUUACGGGAGUUCAUGAGAGCUAUAGGGAGAGGGCAGACUGCGGAGCCGGGUUACAGGUGCCCGCUAUGUAUGUAUUCUAUAUGCAUCAGUCAGACCG